ACAACCGAAACAUCUACUGCUCCAACCACUACAGAAACCCCCACAACUACAACUGAAACAUCUACUAGUCCAACCACAACAUCUACUGUUCCAACCACUUCGACCGAAACAUCUACUACUCCAACCACUACAGAAACCUCAACCACUACAACCGAAACAUCUACUACUCCAACCACAGCAGAAACCUCAACCACUACAACCGAAACAUCUACUACUCCAACCACAAGAGAAACCUCAACCAUUACAACUGAAACAUCUACUGCUCCAACCACUACAACUGAAACAUCUACUACUCCAACCACUACAACUGAAAUAUCUACUACUCCAACCACAGCAGAAACCUCAACCACUACAACCGAAACACGUACUACUCCAACAACUAUAAUGGAAACAUCUACUACUCCAACCACUACAGAAACCUCAACCACUACAACUGAAACAUCUACUGCUCCAACCACUACAACUGAAACAUCUACUGCUCCAACCACUACAGAAACCCCCACAACUACAACUGAAACAUCUACUACUCCAACCACUACAGAAACCUCAACCACUACAACCGAAACAUCUACUGCUCCAACCACAACAAAAACCUCAACCAUUACAACUGAAACAUCUACUGCUCCGACCACUACAACUGAAACAUCUACUGCUCCAACCACUACAGAAACCCCCACAACUACAACCGAAACAUCUACUAGUCCAACCACAACAUCUACUGUUCCAACCACUACAACCGAAGCAUCUACUACUCCAACCACUUCAACCGAAACAUCUACUACUCCAAUCCAACCACAACAUCUACUGUUCCAACCACUUCAACCGAAACAGCUACUGCUUCAACCACUACAGAAACCUCAACCACUACAACUGAAACCUCUGCUUCUCCAACCACUAUAA